AUGUCGGACCACGAGGAUACCUUUUCCAACACUGGUUACAGCACUCCGGUGCCUGAACUUGAUGAUCAUACACACCAGACUGCUUCUGUGCAAAAGCAACGUUCUCGAAGGGGUACCGUUGAUACUAUCCACAGCUUCAAUCCCCGAGGUUCGACCAAUCCAGAUCUUGGACUCGUCAACCAGGGACUUUUACACACCACUCCAAGAGAUUUUGAACAUGCCGUAAUCGACGAGGAGCAUUCUCCGAGCAACGGUCGACGUGGGAGUAAUGUCAGGAGCCGACGUGGAACUGUUACCACCAUCGAUCCACGAUCAACAUCUCCGCCCAACUCUGUGAAAGCAUUUGCUGACGCCCGUCGACGGGAGCGUGAACUUUCAACAAACGACCCAAUCUCUCCAAAGGGUCUCGUUGAGCCCAGAAGACUCGAUGAGUGUGACCUUCGACGAACGACAUCUGCUGCAAGCCGUCCUAGUCUUCACAGCAGACGAUAUACAAAUGAUAAUGAUUCAAAGAGUCUAGCCGAGUCAAUCAAGUCUGAGGCUGAAGAAGAUGUUUGUUUCCCCCUACACAAUACUGGUAACAAGAAUACUCUUCAAAUCGAUUUUGAGGAGUUGGAAGCAUUCAUUGCCGAGGAGGAAGAUCGAGAGAAGACUCCGCCAAAGGGCCAACCCCAAGCACGGGUAUUCAAUGAUCUACGACCACAGAAAGCGGGCCAGAUGAAUAUUCCCACCAUUAUAACAUCCGAUGGAGACUUCAUUGAAACGGGAACUCAAGACUCGUCGAUCAUGGACGAGAAAGUCAGAGAUGAAAGUAUGGAAGAACUUCCAAGCGAUACUCAAACCGGCACCGACAUCAACCGCUUCGAAUUCUUCUCGUCUGAAGGAGAGGCAACUAUCCACGCAGCAGAAUUUGGCGAUUUGAUAAUGCCAGGAGAGGACGUACGAACCCUCUUUAGCCUUCCGGAAGGCGGAGAGGAAGACGGUGUUUGGUGGCUGAACAUGAACAACCCAACAGAGGAGGAGAUUCGAGCGAUUUGCAAAGCUUUUGGAGUUCAUCCACUUACCAUAGAGGAUAUCGGGACCCAAGAGGCAAGAGAGAAGAUUGAGCUAUUCCCAUCUUACUACUUUGCCUGUUUCCGCUCCUUUCAUGUUGAGCAAAUCGAAGGAGGACAGGAGUACGAGCCAUUCAACAUCUAUGUUGUUGUUUUCCGCGAAGGCACGCUAAGCUUCAGCUUUUCUCCUAACCCUCAUGCCGCACACGUUCGUAAGAGAAUCACGAUGUUGAAGGAUUACGUUGCUCUUAGCAGUGACUGGAUCUGUUAUGCUCUGAUUGAUGACAUUGUUGAUUCCUUUGCACCCAUCAUCACCAAAAUCGAGCAUGAAACAGACGCCAUUGAGGAUGAAGUUUUCGUUGCUCGUAAUGAUGAUAUGCAUUCUUUCUUGCGAAGAAUUGGCAUGGUCAGAAAAAAUGUUAUGGGCUUGAUGAAACUCCUAGGAGGGAAAGCCGACGUCUUGAGAGGUUUUACGAAGCGAUGCAACGCCAAUUACAAAGUCACGCCUCGCAUGGACAUCGGCCUCUAUCUUGGUGACAUUCAAGAUCACGUUGUUACCAUGAUGACCAACUUGGCUCAUUUCGAAAAAAUGCUAUCUCGAAGUCACAGCAAUUAUCUUGCUCAACUCUCCAUCGACAACAUCACACAAGGAAAUCAUGCGAACAGAGUUCUCAGCAAGAUUACUCUCUUGGCAUCCAUCCUUGUCCCGCUCAAUUUAGUCUGUGGUCUGUUUGGCAUGAACGUUCACGUUCCUUGGGGAGGAGGCGAUAAUCUUGGACCAUUUUUUGGAAUCUUUGGUUUCCUUAUUUUCUUUACCAUCCUGAGUCUUUUCCUUGCUAGAAGAAUGCGCUAUAUCUGA